UUAAAGAUGUUGAGAAGAAAGACGUGUGAUGUUUACCCGCGCUUUUCGUGUUACGUCGACUUUGUUAGAUAACAUACGGUUUCUGUGGAAUACGUUAGACCUCGGCUUCUUCUUUGGAAACGAGAUCUUGUUUUUCCCUUCACCGAGUCCCUGUCGGCCAGCUCUCGCUUCCUCGAAAGUCUCGAGUCCGCUCUUAGGACGUGAAGCGCGUCAGGUGAAGCGUCGCGUGGCGCCGCGCGUCUGGUCCACGUCACUCGCGUCUCCGCGCGCACGAGGCAGUGCGCACUACUGAGGGAACACCGAUCCCCGCGGCACCGGCUCCGGGCUGACAGAAGCGCGUCUGCUGAUGGGACGGAAGACAGAAGAAUCCCGCUGAAAACACGGUGAAAGAGUUCAGAGACCCAGCCUGUGCCGUCGGCUACAAUGAGCGCCAAGUCGGCCCUCAACAAGGCCAUCUUUAUUCCCAACGAUGAGAGGCUGCUGGCAGCUGUGCAGGUGAAGAGGAGGAACAAGAAGAAGAUCCCGUUUUUAGCCACUGGAGGCCCUGGGGACUACACCACAUUCAUUUGCUUAUCAGUGACCAAUAAGAAGCCGGCGCAGGCGUUCCUCACGAAGGUGAAGCAGUUUGAAGGCUCCUCGUCUUUCGUCAGGAGAUCACAGUGGAGCAUCGGUCAGCUGCGGCAGGUCAAUGGCAUCGACUCCGUCAGAGAUUGCCCAGAGUUUGACUUGGUGUUUGAGAACGGAUCGGACCAGUGGACCGCGGGCUCAGCCGGAGAGAAGUGCAUGUUUGUCCAGAUCCUGCAUCACACGUGUCAGCGGUUCCCCGAGAAGAAACCGGAGUUCAUCAACUGCCACUCCAAACUUCUGGGAGGGAACAGCCUCCUUCACGAGGCAGCAGACAGCGUCAGCAGUGCGGUGCAGAAGGCCAGUCAGGCUCUGAACGAGCGUGGUGAGAGACUGGGCCGCGUCGAGGAGAAGACCGGCGAGAUGAUGAACAGCGCUCAGCAUUUUGCCGACACGGCACACAAGCUUGCCAUGAAGCACAAGUGUUAAGGCAUUGCCACCGUUGAGAAUCUGGUACAAGCUCCUCCCCCCUGCUCCACCUCUAUCUUAGAGCGCUACAGGACGUGCAUGAAGUAUCAUAAGGACAGUGUGUUUCAACUUUCAACUCAAGAUUGUGCGUCCAUGGAUGGGAUACUUGGUCAUUGCAAACUUAAUCAAAGCCUUAUUCCCUUUGACAGACCUUAGUUAUGAUUUACAAAAAAUGUCAAAUUGAUCCAAGUUUCAAAUGCCUGCUGAUAUGAUAUCUCUUCCAGAUUGUUUUAACCUAUUAUGAAAUGUUUGAUAAGUGCCAUCGUAUUAUUAAAUAUAUAUAUAUAAAAAAAAUAUAUAUAUAUAUAUAUAUAUAUAUAUAUAUAUAUAUAUAUAUAUUUUUUUUUUUUUUUAAAAAUCCAUCUGAAGUGUUUGUAAAAGUAUCUUAUUCUUUUUGACAUGAUCACCAUAUGCAAAAAAAAAUUAUUUUUAUUACUAAAUUAAAGUAAAAUGAGUUCUAAGGCUAAUUUUAAUAGUGCUUAACUUUUGUGUUUUAAAAUCUCUAGAAGUGCCCUGAGAACAGCCUGAGGGUUGUGUGAUGAAUCUAUGGCUGAUCUAGUCUACAGCUGUCAUCUUUAAACAAAAUGAGUUCUGCGUACCUUCAAGUGCCAAGUCUUUGCCGCAGUUUGAAAGCUGUUUGAUUUUUAUUUCUCUUGUUUCCCGUGCAGCUCACACCACACAUCUGGAAAUAUCUCACUUUGUUUUUUAGGGAAUAUUUCAGGUCUUUUAGGAGCGUAAAUUAGCUCUUUUUUCCUCAAACGUUAGUAAGAAUACAUGCAGCUGUUAAAAUAACUUUCAUUUCUGCCUUGCUUUUUCGCUCACCUUCUAGCAUUUAUAAACAAAUUUGGUGUAACACGAAUGUUUACACACAGCUAAUUAUGUAUUGAGGUCAUUUUAAAGCGUUACAAUUUUUACAAUUUUAUCAGGUCAAGUUAUUUUCUGAUGCAUUUUAAACAGGUUUUGCCUUGAGAAACCUCUGCCAAAAAAGCAAAUGGCUUACACGUCUUUAUUGUAUUUUGCUGUUUUUUUUUGGAUUGUUUGCGAAUAGAUACGUAAAUGUGACCAAAGUCUGUAUAGUUCUCAGUUUUAUGUUUUGCAUUUAAUAAUCAAAUCAUUCACAAUAAAUGAUGUAUGAUCAUAUCUGUGCAUAGAACCCUGCCUUAAAAUUGCGUUCAGAACGCUGUUAUACUUCUGUCACGUGUAAGGUGAUUUAUAUCUUCCUGUUAAGUGGCAUCAGCAGUCAUAUGGUUUGUUUUAUGGAUGUUGAGAACAGCUUCGAUGGCGGACUGCGUGGCUCGGGAAUACUGCCAGAGACGACCGUCAUCGUCAGAGAAAAACAGAUGAAUUAUGAAAUCGUCAUGUGCAUCCCAGGCCUAGAUGUUCGUGUUUUUCAUGUUACACAUUCAUGAUGACACAAUCCCUGUUUGCAGUGAUCCUGACCACAUUUUUAAGAAUUGUAGAGUUGUAAUUCUUUUUUUAAAGGAAUAUUAAGAUACUGUUUAACCUUUAAUACAAUGUGCCUGUGCUACUGUGUGGUCAAUGGAGUAAUGAAUGGUAAUAAAUGACGUCGUUGUAUCUCUA